AGAGAGAGAGAGAGCGCACACGCGAGCCAAGGGCGUUCGGUUUCUCACGCACUUUUACAUUAAAACAGCGAGCAUUCGCAAAAAGGGGAACAUCUCGGUUCGGUUCGGGCAGUUAAAAUUCGAGCAGUUGUUCGCAGAAAACACGCUCUGCGAAUAGUAAUCUAGUAUUGCUCCGGUCGCUCUCAGGUCGCUCCAGUUUACUACGAAUGGUUGCCGCGAUCGGUUGCGCUUCUUGGCGGUGCGUGUGCGUUGUGUGUUCGGUCAAAAUUUGUUGGAUAGCAUACGCUGCACUUCACACGGUGGAACGGAAUUGUACGGAUGUUACCGUAGGGACGAACGGUCCUUUCGGCGAGAGGACAAAAACACGGUUCCAUCGCACGUCAUCAGUCAACCAAGGGACCAAGGGUUGAUUCGUACGGAGAACGCUGGUGGACGGCAUUCUCGUCGCUUCUGUUUUUUUCUUCUUCUUCUGUAGUUACGAUCGAAGACAUUUGGUGUCUUUUGUAGUGUUGUGCACAAAAGUGGUGUGUGCGUGUGUUUUGCUUGGCAACCGUUUACAAGCAAAUCGAUCGUGUGAUUGCAAACGUGCAAAUGUGUUCGAAUGGUGCCCUUUUUACGAAACAAUUCCGACUGUUAAUUGUUCGAAGUGUAGUUUUUCGCUUCGACGGUCACACCACGAGUUAAAGUAAACAAUUUCGGGGAGGCAUAAUUUCCAAAACGGAACCAAAAAACACAAAUAAAAAGUGUAUUUUGGCAGCUUUAAAAAAUCGCCCCACCAGUGGUGUAAAUUGGUGGAUGGAUGUUUGUGACAUACGUCGCCAGAAUUGGCACCCCAAGUGUACCAGCGUACCAUCCGCUGUCAUUGUUUCCGGCAGCCAUUUCAUGCCGUACGGCGCAAGAUUCGUGCAGUUUGCUGGUUGGAAAAAGUUUCCUGCAAAGUGUGCUGUGCGUGUGUUGCCGUGGCAAAGCAUGAGCCGUUUUGGUUGCUGCGACGACGACGUUAUUGUUCGGUGUAGUAACGCGUGCUAGUAGUUGCUGCCGACGGACGGAAAGCUUUACCUGCCCGGGGGGCCGGGAAGUAACCAGCUAUAAAGUUGGCCUUUUCCCCUUCCCGUUUCUGGCAAAGGAUAACGCACGGUGGUGGACACGGCAUAAAGCGACAACCAAACUAAAGAUAUAUCAACUAAUGACUUAGCUGUCUUGCACAUCAAAGCACAACCGUAAGCAACUGCGUGAAUAAAGCGUAGAAAGCGUAGAAACAUUGCAUCAAAAGACAGAUCGUCGGCAUAAUGGCUUCCAACAUACACAAAUGGGAAAAGCUCUCACCUAGCGAAUUUCAGCAGCUGCAGGACUUAGCCUCAUAUUCAACGAAAAAGCUGCAGAAUGUACUGCAAGAGUUUUGUUCACCGGCCACACCGUCCGCCUCACGGUUCCAUCCAGACGGGGACAUCGACUAUGACGGGUUUCGAAAGUUUCUUGACUCGUUUCUGGACUGCGAAACACCGGAGGACUUGUCAAAGCACCUGUUCAUAUCAUUCCUGCAGCCGGCCCUCUACCAGGCACAGCAGCAACAGCACAGCCAUGGGAAGGCCCUCAGUCAAAUGGCGGCAAUUAGCAGCAAUGCGGCCUGUGCGCCAGUAACAUCCCAUAAUCGAGGUUCCAUCCCGAACCUGAACAGCAUCGUGGACAUUCCGACACCGCAACCAUCGCAGGAAUCGCAGCGGAACAGCUUCGUCGAGCGGAUACACGGGCUGACCGAUAAGCUGCAGUCGCUCGGCCAUCUCGGUCUCGAUAGCGGUGGUGACAGUAGCAACAAGGGCAAAUGUGGGACGGUCCAUCCGAUGCUGACGGUAACGCCGAGCCCGAUGGGCUGUACGCCACCAAUCCUGCAGCCACCGUUCCGUCGCUCGGCCGACUCCAGUCCCUCCCAUUCGCAUUCGCACAGUCACUCGCAGAUUUCCCGGAACUCGUCGCGCAAAAGCAACAACUCCGUCAACUGUCGCAUAGAAGAUGUACGGCUGAUUCCUAGAAAGCAAUCAUUUUUGGAUCCGUUACUGCUGAAGGUACCGCUCAAGGACGUUGUCUGCUAUCUUUCGCUGCUCGAGGCUGGACGGCCGGAGGAUAAGCUGGAGUUUAUGUUCCGGCUGUACGACACGGACGGAAAUGGUGUCCUCGACACGACCGAAACGGAUGCAAUCGUCAACCAGAUGAUGUCGGUAGCGGAAUAUCUCGGCUGGGACGUGUCCGAACUACGGCCGAUCCUACAGGACAUGAUGACGGAGAUUGACUACGAUGGUGAUGGGUGCGUUUCGCUGGAAGAAUGGCAACGUGGUGGACUGACAACGAUCCCGCUGCUGGUACUUCUCGGCGUCGACAACACGCUCAAGGAAGAUGGAUACCAUGUGUGGCGAUUGAAACAUUUCAGCAAACCUGCCUACUGCAACAUGUGCCUCAAUAUGCUUGUCGGGCUUGGGAAGAAGGGCCUCUGCUGUGUGCUCUGCAAAUACACGGUGCACGAACGUUGCGUCCAGCGGGCUCCUGCGUCCUGCAUCGCUACCUACGUGAAAUCGAAAAAGUCAAAGGCCACUGCCACGUUCCAGCAUCAUUGGGUCGAAGGGAACUGUUACGGGCGAUGUUCGAAAUGCCGCAAGCGGAUCAAAGCAUACAAUGGCAUUACUGGGCUGACCUGCCGUUGGUGUCGCAUGAUGCUUCACAACAAGUGCGCCACGCUCGUAAAAGCUGAGUGUACGCUUGGGGAGUUUGCCAACCUCGUACUACCACCGACCUCCAUCUGUCCAGCGGUGCUCGAUCGUCAGAAAUCGAUCAAUUUCACCACCAACAAGGGAAAGAGCGUACCAUCGACAAUACACUUCCAAAUCACUAGCGAUCCCGGAUGGUGUCCACUGCUCGUAUUUAUUAAUCCAAAAAGUGGCGGCCGGCAGGGUGAUCGAAUUUUGCGCAAGUUUCAAUACUUGCUGAACCCGCGCCAGGUGUACGACCUGUCCAAAGGUGGUCCGCUCGAGGGCCUUACGAUGUUCAAGGACGUGCCCAACUUUAAGGUAAUAUGCUGCGGUGGCGAUGGCACAGUCGGCUGGGUACUGGAAGCAAUGGAUAGCAUCGUGUUACAGACGCAACCAUCGAUUGGCGUUAUUCCGCUCGGUACCGGUAACGAUUUGGCCCGCUGCCUGCGAUGGGGCGGAGGGUACGAGGGUGAAAGCAUCCCCAAGAUUUUGGACAAGAUCAAUCGUGCCUCGGUCGUGAUGUUGGAUCGAUGGAGCAUCGAGGUUAAAAACAAUCCAUUGGCCGCCGAAGAGACGCCCACGGUAAUGCCCGGCCACAAGGUGACGCUGUCCGAGAACGUACAAAAGGUAAUAGAGCUCUCGCAUCGCAUAAUUGCUGAAAAAUCUGUGAUCCCAACCAACGAUGAAGUUGAAAAUAGUACAAACGCGACCGAGCUACCAACCAACGGCACGGCGCAACGUGCCCACGUGAGUGACAAUAAUGGUGCCGGGGGUGAACAGGACGCCGAUGGGUGUGGAGUCUCCACCGGUACGCCACCGCCCACACCGACCUCAGCCACAUUCGGACCUACCGAGCGCAUAAUGGAAGGUUUCAUAGUCGAGCAUGCCACUAGCGGCACGGUAGCGCUGACCAACGGUGGUGCAACGGUAGUGUCCGGUGUCGACAUGGCGGCUAACACCGUUACCAACACUAAUAGCAGCGAUGUCGAUAACGGCACCGUGUGUGCGAACGAUACAGCAGAGCGUACAGUGGACGAUACCGUGAAUAGUUCCUAUCCACAGCAGCAGCAGCAGCAGCACCAGCACAGCAACGGUGGCACCACGGACAAACCGAGACCGGAGAAGAAAAUUAUCGACCUACCAAAGUUGAUAAAACCGCAGGUCGGAUCGGAAUUCACCGUGCCGUACAACAUUGUCAAUAACUACUUUUCCGUGGGUGUGGAUGCCGCCAUCUGUGUUAAAUUUCAUCUGGAACGUGAGAAAAAUCCGCACAAAUUCAACAGUCGCAUGAAGAACAAGCUUUGGUACUUUGAGUACGCUACGUCGGAAACGUUCGCUGCGUCCUGCAAGAAUUUGCACGAAAAUUUGGAGAUUGUGUGUGAUGGUGUUUCACUGGAGCUGGCGAACGGUCCACAGCUGCAGGGUAUAGCGUUACUGAACAUCCCCUACACACACGGUGGCUCCAAUCUAUGGGGCGAACAUCUGUCCCAGAAGCGUAUGCGCAAAGGUCCGUUUCGAAAGAAGCUUAAAAACUCCGACAAGGAACUCUCGGCGAACAGUUUCAACUCGGUCGAUCUUUCAAUCGCCAUACAAGAUAUUGGAGAUCGUAAGAUAGAAGUGAUCGGGCUAGAGAACUGUCUUCAUAUGGGACAGGUACGAACGGGUCUCCGGGCAUCCGGCCGCCGACUGGCACAGUGUAGCGAGGUAAUAAUGACUACCAAAAAAACCUUCCCCAUGCAGAUCGACGGUGAGCCCUGGAUGCAGGGACCUUGCACGAUAAAGCUAACACACAAAAACCAAGUGCCAAUGCUAAUGGCACCCCGGUCAGAGAAAGGUAGCGGAUUCUUUAGCUUUCUAAAAAGAUGACUCACGAGAAAGUCGAGCAGCGACACCGUCCCGAUCGAGGCCUAAUGAAGGUUAAUUAGUACACGCGACGGUUUAACCACCUGCACAUUUUUACGAAGGUCUUCGCCACCUUGGCAUACCCUGUCAGCUGGAACAGUGGACAGUGAACGUAAACUGAUAGCUUUAAUCCAAUGAACCAAAACCCCCGUGUUAAACCAGUACGUAUCGUAAUAGUGUAGCGAAAUAGUAAAUCGUACACAAUCGAGAUCUCGUCUCGUAAUGACUUCAUCAAAAGCACAUCAUCCACCACUGUUUUACGUCUGUCAGGUUAGGUCAGGUUUAUGAACUUACAACAAAAUUCACACACACACACACACACCCACUUCCCUUAACGUCCGCGACCAAUAUCUAGUACAAAUGGUGAAAAAGUAAUCAAAAAAACACUAAAUCCUGAAGUCACAAAACACCCAACGGUAGAGAACUAAUCUAAUCGGAGCGUUCCGAUAAUUAAAAUAAUGCGUAUUACUCGUCUAUGGAGAGAUGGACCGUAUUAGCUCUCUAUUCAUUUCCUCAACCAUGAGCUGUCCGAGUUUUUGGAGUAAGCUACAAACAGAGCCACCACUCCACAAGUCCUCUAGCGGAAACAUCAUGGAACUACGAUCUGUUACAACCUAAGUAUAUAUACCCUAGCAUCUAAGCGCCCAUGAAUGAUGAUGUGUACCGUACAUGUAUCGCUGUCCAAAUAUGGUUUUAAUCUUGUUCGUCAAACGAACCAUCGAAUCUGUUGUUACUCAUAGUGUGAUAGCCAACUGUUAUAUGUUCACCGUUCAUCGUACAUCGUGUAAAGAUAGUUUCCCUCGUCUACGGUGUGUAGGACACAUCUGGCUACUACAUUGCACGCACUACUACUACUACUACUACUACUACUACUAC